UUCGAAUUCCGGUUUCCGAAAUGUUGCCUCUAUCUAUUAAAGAUGAUGAAUAUAAACCUCCCAAAUUCAACUUGGCUCGUAAAGUGUCUGGCUGGAUCAGAUCCAUUUUCUCCGACUCUACAUCAAGGAACCUUUUUUGUUUUCUCUGUCUGAAUUUGUCCUUUGCAUUCGUGGAGCUUUUCUAUGGAAUUUGGAGCAACAGCCUGGGUUUGAUCUCUGAUUCCUUCCAUAUGUUCUUUGAUUGCACUGCAUUGUUGGCUGGCCUGGCAGCUUCUGUAAUCUCUCGGUGGAAAACAAAUGAGGCUUUUUCAUAUGGGUAUGUUCGCGCAGAAGUACUGGCUGGCUUUGUGAAUGGACUAUUUCUUAUCUUUACAGCCUUUUUCAUCUUUUCUGAGGGGGUUGAAAGAGCCCUUGACACACCAGAAGUCCAUCAUGAACGUCUGCUUCCAGUUUCCAUAAUGGGAUUACUUGUGAACAUUAUUGGCAUAUUUGUGUUCCAGCAUGGUGGAGGACAUGGGCACUCACAUGAAUCUGGCCAUGGACAUAGCCAUUCACUUUUUAAUGGAGCUGUUAGUCAUGGGCACAGCCAUGGAGGGGGACAUGGGCAUAGCCACGAAGGGGGACAUGGACACAGCCAUAGCCAAGGAGUGGGGCAUGGACACAGCCACGAUCACAGUCCUAAACAUGGCUAUGGCAGUUCUUUUCAUGAUGAGCCACCAGAGGAGCAUAAAGGAUCCAGUAAACAGAUUUUAGAAGGUGUAUUUUUGCACAUUGUUGCUGACACUCUGGGCAGUGUUGGGGUGAUUUUUUCCACCAUCCUGAUGCAGCGAUAUGGACUGAUGAUUGCAGAUCCUAUUUGUUCCAUGCUCAUAGCCCUUCUUAUUUUUGUAAGUGUUAUACCUCUUCUUAAGCAAUCCAUUGGUAUCCUGAUGCAGCGGACUCCACCUGCCCUGGACCAUGUCCUCCCUCAGUGUUAUCAGCGGGUGCAACAGUUACAGGGUGUCUACCACCUACAAGAGCCGCACUUCUGGACUCUCUGCACGGACGUCUAUAUAGGCACACUGAAGCUAGUCAUUGGACCAGAAGCUGAUGCCCGCUGGAUCUUGAGCCAGACUCACAACAUCUUUACACAGGCUGGUGUCAGACAACUGUAUGUACAGAUCGACUUUGCGGCUAUUUAACCCACCAGAUGGCUUCGCGGGACCAAAGUGCAGUACAGAACACUAGGAUCUUCUCCUCUUAUGCGAUCCAGCAAAGUAGGGGUGCAGCCAUUGGGACCAAAUCUUGUAUGACUCCUCUAUGAGGAGCAGCCUCCAGUGCUUGAGGCCAUGCCAUCUUUUGUAAAACUCCCUUUUGUACAGAGAUCUGACCAAGUCUCAGUUGUUGCCUUUUUUUUUUUUUUUUUAAACAUCUGCAGAACCCAUCACCGGCUCUCCCAGACUGAGAUCUGCAGCAAAAAAGAACUGUAUUGAUCAUGACCACGUUCUCUCAGUUACUGUACCAGCACUUUACCUCAGUGACACCAUUUGUGUCAGUGAGUUCAGAUUAGCAUCAGAUUAGGAAAUAAUUGUAGUGCAAAAAUGUGAUCCUCCUGCCAAAGGCUGCUUCAGCCCACCAAAAAGGGCUGGCAGUUUUUUUUUUUAAUAUAUAUAUAUAAAGUCAGCUUGUGAAUCUCACCAGUGUUAUACAGAGAUGUGCCAGCUUUGUUCUUUUGAAAUGAAGCAAAGAAGAUCCAUUGUGGGGUUUGUACUGACCCUUGAAGGUAGUAUGGGACCUGCAAAUCCCUUGUUCUAAUUAAGUGCCUUUCCUCAUCUUGGCUGGCCCUGUCCUGCCUACUACAGCUCAGCCAGAGAUUCCAAGUGCUUUUGAUUUUUAUAUAUAUAUAUAUAUAUAUAUAUAUAUAUUCCAAGUACCAUGUGAAUGAUUUGCUGCUGUUGAAGCCCAUACACCUCAAAGUCAUUGGAUUACUGGUGUAAAAUUGAAAUAUGAAAUGACAUCCACAAAAUAACUUUACCAGUAAGUAAAAAUAUAAAAAAAAAAUGUAAUCUAUUUCCUCUGAACCAUUUAAUAUGAAGAAGACAUUACAAAGGCCAUCUUGCACAAUGAGCUUUCAGUGCAUCUUAACUGUGAAUGUCUGGAAUUCUCUGAGGAGCUACACAAGAGCCAGAACUCUUUUAACUGGAAACAAAACUGUCUGUUAGGAUGAUUUUAGCCAUAGCCACUACUUGUGUUUUCCUAUCUAUAUAUUUGUUUUGUUUUUUUCUUCAUUUUUUUUUAAUCAAUUUUUUUUUAUCCUGUUCAAUGGAAAGGCUUUUAUAUGAAGGUACUGCAGACGGUUGGAACACAGUAAGCAGGGAGAAUAUUUCAGUAUUUUACUUACUGCACAAACUACAGGAGUAAAAUUUUGCUUUUGUGUGCAGCGAUCUAUAUUAUAUUGAUUUUAAAUUAGGAAACAAAUAGCAGGUUCAGUGGAGUAUAUUUGAUUAGCAUUGACAUGACGCAAAGAUGUUGGUGUGUAGCAAGCUGUAAAACCUUAAAGGAGAACUAAAGCUUAACUAAAAAAGUAGCUAGAAAUGUUGUACAUUAUGUUUUGGGCUUCUGUACCAGCCCAAGGCAACCACAGCCCUUUAGCAGUAAAGAACUGUGUCUCUGAAGAUGCCCCAGUAGCUCCCCAUCUUCUUUUCUGUUGAUUCACUGCACAUGCUCUGUGCUGCUGUCACUUACUGAGCUUAGGGGCCGACUCACAAUAUAUAGAAUAGAAAUGUCACAAUAUAAGGCUGAUAAGUAAUUAAUACAGAUAAUUACUACAUGGCAGCACAUAAAGCAGUACAACUAGCAUCAGAAUUUAAUAAUCGGACUUAUAGCAUCAGUGUAUAUUACAGACAAACCUCAUUUUCUGCUUGAUAUUUUGCGACGACCCCUAAACUAAGCUUCUUAACUCACAGCCCACUGAGCAUGUGAGUGUCACAGACACUUUCCAAGAUGGUGACCCCCUGUUACAAGUUUGAAGUCCUAGAUCAUUGCUGCUAUUGACAAGCUGAAACUUUAGGCUGGUACAAUACGUUCUGUAUAUAAAAUAUGGCAUUUUUAGCCAUUUUCAUUUUUAGGGUUUAGUUCUCCUUCAAACACAAGUCUGUCCAAUUGAUUAGGUUGUCCUGAAUGAUGUGGAGCUAGCUCCAUUUGAGCUUUGUUCAGCUGCUAUGCGCAACAGGGAAGGUGAGCCCCCACUAUGCCAUGCUGAUAACAGGAAUACAUCCAGCCUGGGGCCAGGCCAAUAUGGCAGGUAGACUACAGCAAGACAAGCAUAUAUCAGCCUUGGAGUAUUUGUGUCUCGUUCAGGCCAACAGACAGAAGAGAGGGGUCUGCAUUGACCUAAUUUGGGAUUCACCUACCAGUUCAACCUCCACCAUAACUUCCCAAACAACAGGUUUUACUCACAGGAGCAAGUUCCAUUAGCUGGCACCAUGCUGGGCAGGGUAUUGACACUGAGAAUAUGGCCUAGACAAGAAACCAGGUAGGUUUCACAGAUCUAAUAUCCCCAGCAUGCAUUGCUUUCAUCCAAAGAGAAGUUCAGUUUGCCCAUCAAUCACUUUCUUGUUACAUAGGCCUGAGAAUUACUCACUGAGGGGCAAAUUGGAAGGGAAACAACAUUAUGAUUUUAACUUUAACAAAUAAAAAGUGCUGGAAUUUGACUAUUUUUUUUUGUUUAUUGCCCAAUUUUAUUCAUAAAUAAUAAAAUACAAGUUUUUUUUAA